AUGGCUUCAUAUUCCUCCGAGGAUGAAUUCCCGGAGCUGAGUGCCAUCCUCGCCCCGAAACCUUUGAUGGCAACCAGCACGAACUCCAAUCUCCGGAGGUCACCUAGGAAGAAGGGAACUGUGGCUGAAUUUUCCUCUGGCUCACCAGAGAAGAAGAAACAACCAUGCAAUCUUGGCCCUGUCAAGUCUGCCAGCCCAGCAUCAGUGCAGCCGACGACAACAAGAGGGGCCUCUCCGACGAAUGCCGCGAAUCUGCAGCCGCCAGUGCCAGUACCUGGUGUAUCCAGGAGAGCAGUAUUUACAGAAAUACAUUUGUCCUCGAAUAAUCGACAAUCACCAGCAAGAGAGAAUCGCCCGUUGAGAAUCCCACACGUGGACUCACUACUCUUGCCUCGAUCAGCCAUAGCCAAGCAAGAGCAGCUUCCGCCUUCGUCAAGGCCAACUGCAGCACAAUCCAAAGUCGGAAGCUGCCGAAUAUUCAGUAACGGGGAACAGUCCAUGAUGUCUCUCAUGACGGAGGCGGCACGGAAAUCCGAGGUUAGACAGAGUCCACGCAAGAAGACUCAAAUGUCGAGUUACACGAGCAGGUUCGUUUUGAAGGAGGCACACUGCAACGAUGACGAAGAUUCCGUGGACGGUGAUGAUGACGACGAUGAAGAAGACACUGAUCUUAGUGGAUUCAUUGUUGAUGAUGAUGCUGAACUGAGUUAUCAUGAUUCUUCUGCCUCGGAGUCCGAAGACGAGGCCAAGAUCAGGAAUCCAACUCCAUCGGUUGCGCCACCGAGGAGAAGGCUUAUUCGCGGCUCUCCUACGAGAAGACGUCUGAGCUUUUUGAGCAUUGAUGAUGAUUCGGACAAAGAGAAAACGGAAAGUUCUACAGAUCGGCUCGCCGAUGCGUUCCAAAAUUUGGAUGUACAUGAGGACAGCUCGAGGGCUGCGAAAAGUACGGAUGUCCAAGUCAUUGAUCUGACUUCGUCCCCAAACAUUUCCCCCAAGUUUGACCCAAGCACACGAUCUCGACAACCGAUCUUGAAUCCCCAUUCAUCCGACACCAUCAAACCCGCGAAUACUGUGCCUAGCUUCCUAAGUCCGUUUGAAGAUUUCGAAACUGUUCUAAAGCUUGCUCCACCUGUUUCACAAACAUCAGCCACUCCUCCUUCGAAGAUGCGGCCUUCACAGUCCCACGAGGCUGUACGGACAGGUGAUGUCGAAGACGAGUUGAGUGAUGAUAAUCACAAUAAAUUUAGAACUCCGCCUAAGACUCCACCCAAAUCGAAAAUUCAUUCACCUUCAAAGCUGCUGUCUCCUUCAAAGCGGCAGUACGUCCCUCGCUCACCCCAUCGGCCCAGCAUGGAUACAUUUUGGGAUCAGAAUGUAAUCAAUGACUGGAACGAUGAGUUCUUGCCCAAGAUGUCCCCAGCAAAAUCUCCCAGGAAGGGACUGGCUCGAUUCCAAAUAUACUCUGACUCUGAGGACGAUAAUGAUAACUCAGCAAGCAUCAGCAGCAACUCACUUCCAAGUCCAUACUAUUCACCUCGGAAAUCGAAGUCGAGAUCACUAUCGCCGUUGAAGAGCCCUGAGAAAGAGGAGAAGAGGCGAUUGACGGAGCUGAAGAAAGCCGCGGCCGCGAAAAAGAAGGAAUUUGACGGUCGCAAGGAAAAGUUGGCUCUUGAUCUCUUGCACGAACUUGAUCGCAAGGUAGCUAAAUCCCAGCUCUUGAACCUGGCGUCCAGCACCGGCGGUGUCCAGAUCAUUUGGUCCAAAACCCUCAGAUCGACAGCCGGGCGCGCCAACUGGAGACGCACAGCAAGCAAAAUCUCCGGAUCGCCCAUCAAAGGAGGAGUCACAGAAGGACCAGGGGUGGAAAUUAAGCACUUCGCUAGUAUCGAGCUCGCCGAGAAGAUCAUCGACAGCGAAGACCGGCUGGUCAACACACUCGCGCACGAAUUCUGCCACCUGACGAACUUCAUGAUUAGCAACGUACGCGACCAGCCGCAUGGCGCGAGCUUCAAGUCCUGGGCCGCGAAAGUGACGAACCACCUGAGAAAGAGUGAGGUUGCAAUGUGGCGCAAGGUAGAGGUCACCACCAAGCACAACUACGCCAUCAACCAUAAGUACUUGUGGGUGUGCGCUGGUCGCGAGCAGACCAAGACGAUGGAAUUCUUGAAUAUCGACGAGGAUGAAGGCUGCGGGGCCGAGUAUGGCAGGCACAGCAGGAGUAUUGACACGGCAAAGCAUCGCUGUGGGAAGUGUAAGGGCAGACUCGUCCAGGUCCGUCCUAAGCCCCGAGCCCCUGUUAGCCCAAGAAAGCAGCUCCGAGACAGAGAGGUUUCCGGCGCACGCAGCAGUUCUGGAGGUCGCACAGCGAGCAGCAGCAGCAGCAGCAGCAGUCAGAAUACCACUGCCUCUUCCCUUGUUGGGUACCUUGUCGAUUUAAGUGACUGA